AAAAAUACUGCUACACUAAAAAUCAAUUUUACAUUUGUUUAUCAAUAAUGAUGUAUAAUCAACUUUUUCAAUUUCAGUUCAAACAUUGAUUUAUAUUUAUGCUCGUAGAAUAACUAUAUUCUAGUGUAUAAUCCUAGAAUUUUGUAUAAAGAUAAAUGCAUUAAUGUAGCGAAAAUGAAGUUGUCAACACCCAGAUAUUCAUUUUGUUUGCUUUUUCAACUUAUAUUUAUGUUUUUAGAUUUAUUGUUUAAUUGUAUCAGUUUAUUUCCACGUAGUCGUGAUGGACUUCUUGUUUUAUUCAUAUUCCAAGACCUGUUCCUUGUACUGUCCAUCACUGCGAUGCUUAUGACAUUCUUCUCAACAUAUUUAUUUCAAGCGGGGCUGGUGGAGGUGCUGGUGCGCAAGUUCCGCGCGGCGGCGGUGGUGUGCGGCGCGUACGUGUGCGGCAGCGUGGCGCUGCACGCGGCCUGGCUGCUGCACCGCUGGCCAGCGCCACACACCGUCUCCACGCCCUUGCUCACUGUGCUCUUUACCCUGCAGAGAUGCUUGUCCCCCUGGUAUUACUUCUUCUACAAGCGCGCCGCGCUCCGCGUGAGCGACCCGCGCUUCUACGAGGACAUCGACUGGAUCAACCACCAGCUGCAGACUCACUAACCGACUCGACCGCGCGACCCCGGACCUUUGUAUUGUACGCGAUUUGUUGUUUACAUUAAGUACAAAUGUUUCUAGUCACUACAAAUGUUUAUUUUAAUUAAAAUGCCUACUCCGCAUGC